UCGCCGACGGACGCCGCGGUGGUCGGUAGUGGCAGGACGCCAAACUUUUGCCGGCCCAGAAAGUCCGACUGUGCGGGGUCCCGAUGCUCUCGCGAGUCGACGGCCGCGGCUCCGUCGACGAAGCCUGCGUGCGAGUCGCCGCGACGCGACUGGCGCGCGCCUAAAGCUUCGCCGAGCGAGGACCCAAUGGAUUCGUGCCUCGGCGCCCGCGGCCUUUUCGGACACUCUUCGAGUUCGGACGCCGCGUUCGGCAGCCGCCAGCUGGAGGUCAUCCAAGACUUGGACCUCUACUUCAUCCGCCAGAUUGCCCGCGGCCUCGGGGAAUACAACCUUGAACAAAAAAUCGAUUUGGAGAUAAAGAUGCGCGAGGGAACAACCAAACUGCUAGCGGUAUGUCAGCACCGUCCUCAGAGCCUUGAAGCGGCGAAAUCCCUGCUCACUUCGAACGAACGGAUGUCCGCAUAUAUGACCGAACUGCAGCGCAGGAAGACAUCUGACUGUCCUACUUUCAACGAAAGCACUGGCAGCCCGUCGGUGGAGCCAUCCAAUGCGCGUGUGGCAGUGUCAGACAUCCGGAUGCCCUUGAUCUGGAAGGACACGGACCAUUUCAAGAACAAGGGCGACUACCGCAGGUUUGCUGUUUUCUGCUUGCUCAAGAUCGGAACCGAGAUCUACGACACAACCAUGGUCAGCAACAUUGACCGGAGCAUGACGGAUGUGUCCUUCGAAGACGUAAUUGUCUUCAACAACAUUCCGGCAGGCUUUGAGUUCCGCAUGGAAGUGUACAGUCAUGUCCUGCAAGACGACCUGAGCAUGGCCAGCACCCCGAGGAAGAUCAAGACCAAGAUCACCAACUCGGUCAGCAAGGCCAUCGGGAAGAAGUUGGCUUCGUCAUUGAGGGAAGAACUCAACUCCUGGGAAAUUGGCCCCAAGUUUGUGCUGGAAGCGCACGCCACCCUGGGGUUGGCGGAUGCAGACGAUCGGGUGCGCACCCACGACCUGGUGGUGGAGAACGUCGAGAACCCCCAGCAGCAGCUGCCCCUUUUCGGUCACCUGGGCUGCAAACUGGCAGUCGUGCCGGACUGCGUACACGAGGAGCGACUCUCGGGCUACCUCAGCGUCGUGCAGACUCCGAGCGGUGCGGGCAGUUGCGGGCGACUCUGGUGCAUCCUCAAGAACUUCCAGCUCUGCCUCUGGAGAAGUGAAGAGGAUUCAAGGCAUCUACCUCCCAUGCUGAGCAUACCCAUCACUAAGGACACGCGGCUACGGCCAGAGGAAGGUGCGUCCAAGCAGGCACUGCGGAUACUUACGAACGCGUCGGAGAAGGGGCACCUUCUGAUGGCCGACUCCGAGCCGGAGCACACCAAGUGGCUGGCCCACCUCUGGCAGCACGUCAAGGACCACGAGCUCUGGGGGGACCUGGCGUCCAAGCGGAUGGAAAUCCCGUCCCCUGGGCCGCGGCGGGCCCCCACCUUCGGGCGGCAGACCUCGCUGUAUGACGAGACGUCCCUCAGAGAGUCUCCUCAGGGCGCCGUCAGCCGUACCGGGGACGAAGGCAUCCAGCGUAUCUCGCCCACCUCGGCCCGUUCUCGCAGUUCGAGCACUUCCUCGGCAUCAAGUUCUGUCAGCGCGGCUCGAGCGUUUCCCCUGGCAAAGAAAGGAUUUGGCCAUUUCUAAACCCUUGGGAGAUCUCCUUUGUCCUAGACAGCACAUUUUACAAUGUGCUCGUGUGUGUAAUCUCAUUUUCUAGUCGCAGCACCAGUUCAUUGCAUGUCUGGCUCAUUGCUCCUUUCUCAUCGGUGCUGCUGUUUAUUUUGUACUAAACUCAUCUCUUUCUUUCCCUCUCUGUUCCCAUUCUACAGGGUGUUCCCCCAAAAAAUUCCCAGGGUUUUUCUCACCACAAAAAUAAAACAUGCUUCGCCGAACGCUCAUUCUCUGCCCAAAUGUAACGCUAGCGUUCCGAACCAGACACCAAAGUUUCAGCACUAGUGUUAUUUUAUUCAAAAGUUAUUAGUGAUUUUCUUAAAUUUUUAAUAGGAAAAUGGCGACCGACAGAGCUCUUUGAUACAUGGAGCUCUAUGUUACCGAAAACGGGUAAAAAUGGGGCCCAUUUUCCCGUUGAAUUUUCAAAAAAAUCACGUAACUUUUUAAUAAGAUUACGGUUAGUGCUGAGACUUUGGCAUCUGGUUUGGACCACUAGCACUACAUUUGGGUAGAGAAUGAGCAGUCGGCGAUGCAUGGUUUAUUUUGGCGGUGGAAAAAACACUGUAAAUUUUGGGGGGAGACACGCUGUAGUUGAUUCAGGAUGAGAAGUCUGUAACAAACUUGUUCAUAUUCGCACAAAAACUCUUCAUACAAGCGUCAUCCAUUGUUGUUUUUAAACUAGAAUCACGCCAGAAGGUGUUUUUUUUUUUUUUUCACAAUGUGUCUUAGGGUUGUUGGCAACAAGCAAAGUAGUUGCAGACUGGUGAAUGUACUUUUAAGCUGGCGAGUAAUGUAAAGUAUUACGACAAUGUUCUGGAGCGUGUACAGCAACUGCUCAGUAACAGCGAAACAUUUUUUUUUUAUUCCGGUGACUUAGUUGCGUGCUUGAAGUUAGAGACUGAUUUUUAACCGUGACUUAUUUAAUAAAUGUUUUCUUCGGA